AUGGCCUCGCAAGUGAGGCUGGGGGACCGGGACUUUAUCCUGGGGGUGCCAGGGGUCUGCGAGAGCUGUGAGUGGAAAAGGGACCUGCAGAGCCCUGGUCCCUCCUUCGCAACGUGGCUUCUCCUCACCUUCUCCUUCCUGCUGACAUGUGCAGGUGAGGACGACAGUGACAAGGUGCUGAGGGGUGAUAAGUGUGAGCCCCACUCCCAGCCAUGGCAGGUGGCCCUCUUCGAGCAUGGACGCUGUAACUGCGGUGGUUCCCUCAUCUCCCCGCGCUGGGUGCUCUCUGCAGCCCAUUGCCAAUCUCGCUCCGCGCGUUACGAAGCGCAGAGCCACCGUCAUGAUAUCCCGUUACUGCGUCUAACCCGGCCCGCGCGCGUCUCUACUAAAGUGCCCCGGGUCCCGCUGCCCACGCGCUGCCCCCAGCCCAGCGAAGCCUGUGUGGUGUCUGGCUGGGGCUUGGUGUCCGACAACAAGCCUGGGGCCACAGGGAGCCCCGUGUCACAAGUGAGACUCCCAGAUACAUUGCAUUGGGCCAACAUCAGCAUUAUCUGGACCACAUCUUGUAACAAGGACUAUGCAGGGCGCCUGGUGAACACCACGGUGUGUGCGGGCGUGGAGGGCAGAGGCACGGACUCCCGUGAGGGUGACUUCGGGGGACCCCUGGUCUGUGGGGAUGUCCUGCAGGGCAUUGUGUCCUGGGGUGAUGUCCCCUGCGACACAACCACCAAGCCCAGUGUCUAUACCAAGGUCUGCAGCUACUUGGAGUGGAUCAAGGAAACCAUGAAGAGGAACUGACUAUUCUGACCUACCACCUGUGUCCCUGACUACACAGAAGCCCCCAUGGCUGGCCAGCAGCCCCAUCUUGACCUGGAACAGAACUGGGCCAUCCCCCAAGACCCUGUCCAAGACCCAGAGGUUAGCCAAGGACUUGCCCAUCUGAGACCAGAGCUGGUGCUCCAGGUCACCUGUUUGAUACC